UAAAAGAAACUCUUGUUCACUUUCACAUUCAGGUGGGAUAUUUUUUUUUAGCUCUGAAGACAUUUAGCCAGCAAUUCAACAGAUCAACUGCUCACUGCUCACACUGCAGACAUGAAGUUUGUGAUCCUGUUUGCUCUUUUGAGCGGGGCUUUUGCCGCACCGUUCAUGAAGGAAGAGCAGGCAAAGCGAUUAUUCAGGCUGAAGAGACAGUCAGGAUACUGGGAUCCGCACCACUCUCACAACCAAUGGGGUUACACCAUUCAGGAACAGGCAAACGAGUACUGGACAGCACUACGAACAGAUGCUCAGUACUACAUGGACAGGAGUCACAUGAUGUUUGACCGCUCUGUGGCUACGGAAAACAACAGGCUGUAUGUGGAGAUGCUGCGCCAAGCACAAGCUCACCUGGACAGUCAAACGGAUCAACACAAAUAAAUAAU